UCAUUCUGAUAUUGGCAUCUCGACAAGACACUUCUCUUUUAAGGAGAGAAGCUACCGAAGUCGGAACUCACUUUGAACAUGCGUAAUUCACUUUUCACUACAUUAUUCUUCGGACUAGCAGCGCUUGUCAUGGUGCUCAACGCCCAAUACACUUCCGAACUCGAGGAGGACGAGAAGCGCGGCGGAGCCCGUGCGAUGUUACACAAACGUGGCGGAGCCCGAGCAUUCUCAGCCGACGUGGGUGACGACUACAAGCGAGGUGGCGCUCGUGCGUUCUACGACGAGAAGCGUGGCGGUGCACGAGCCUUUUUGACCGAGAUGAAACGUGGCGGAGCUCGAGUUUUCCAAGGAUUCGAGGACGAGAAGCGAGGUGGAGCUCGCGCGUUCAUGAUGGACAAACGAGGCGGCGGAAGAGCAUUCGGAGACAUGAUGAAGCGUGGCGGAGCACGAGCAUUUGUGGAGAACUCGAAGAGAGAUGAGGAUUGGGUCAUUCGACCAUUCGAAGACGAUCGUCUUGGUGUGUUCUAAAUCUCUAUCACUACUACUACUAUCACUUCCACUUCUACUACUUCACUUCUUCUACACCUACUUCUACUCUCCUUCACCCUUCCAAGCACUACAAUUUCGAAAAACGUGGCGGCGGUCGUUCAUUUCCGGUCAAGCCAGGAAGACUAGACGACUAAAUAUGAUGAUGAUGAUGAUGAUGAUGUGUCAAAUAAUUCAAUUCUUUCCCCCAUUUUCUUGUGUUUCAUCAAGUUUCAUUGUUUAAUAAAAAGUGUUGAGUUAUGA